GGCAGGAGCAAAGCUUCUCUCUGUGGGAAAAGACAGUCUUCAGCAAGACUCAACACCAGGAGGACACUCAAGACAACAGAGGAGGGAUGACAUGAGAGUGCUGAAGAAAGAGAAGAAACCUGAGAAACGUUUCCACUGAGGGAACAUCAUGGGCCCCGGUCAAGCAGCAGCCAGGAUACAAACAGUGAUGGAGCGGCUGACUGGUAUGUGAUUGCUGGCUCAUGGGAGCCAGAUGGCGGAGGUUAAGGUCAUCGUGCAGGAGGACCCCAUUCUGGGCUCUGGUCCAGACGAGGAUGCCUCAGAGGUGUGUACUUCUGGAUUUGACCCAGACUCUGGGAGUUUACUUUCAGACGACUCUGUCCUCCCUGAUUAUGAGCGUGAGGACAAUGCAGAUGGGACGGCCGAUACCCUGUACCAAGCCUGCGCCAAGAAUCAAGCCUCAUCCCUUCGCAGAGUGCUGGAGAGGGGUGUCACAAGGGACGAAGUCAUGGAACUGGACAUCAAUGGCAGGAAUGGUCUGAUGCUGGCGGUUGCUAAAGGAUUCGUAGAUAUUGUGUAUGGGCUGAACAAGUGUCCAUAUUUGGAUAUUAAUCACCAAGACAAUGAUGGCAACACAGCACUCAUGAUUGCAGCACAGGCUGGUUUUGUGACUAUCCUAACCUACAUCCUGAACUUCUUCUCUGGAGUGGACACUGAACUCAGGGACAACCGAGGCUUUACUGCUCUCAUUAAGGCAGCCAUACAGGGCAACAAUGACUGCGUGGCUUCACUGGUCAUGGCAGGGGCAGACUUAUAUGCAGUGGACGGCACACGGGGUAAGGACGUGACGGAAUGGGCGCUGAAGACAGGACAUUUUGAGACUUUUAGCAGGCUCAGGCAGCUGUCCAUCAGGCCCCGUGCAGAACAAUUCUGUGAAAGCUUCAUCCCAGAAUGGCCAGAACUGAAAGAACUAGUGGCCAAGGCCACAGCCAUGAAGAGCACGGGGCAGAAGGUUGCCCAUCGGCUGAAGUCCACCUUUACUUUCAGCUUCCCACAAGACCCUCAGGACAACGGUGUCCUGGACCACAUGGUGCGCAUUACCACCAGCAUACACAGCCCCCUGGUGGUCACUGGCUGUCGACCGCUCUGUCCCACCAGCCCACCAGAGAUUGGCAAGAGGCGCCUGGCCGUGCCUGACCUUAUGCAGCAGAACCCAGGCAAAGAGCUGGAGGAACGUGCAGUGCGCCAUAGCAACGGCUCAAUAUCUUCUGCCUCUCCCUCCAUCACCUCAGCCUCUUCAGUGUCACUGGCCUCCUGCUGCUCAGACACAGAGCGGAGGGGCAGCGUGCUCUCAAUGGCCUCCAACAGUGUCCGAAAGUUUGUCCCACGCAGCAUGGCCCGCCGGAACAGCGUUUUCCCCACCGGCUGCGUCCCUCAAAUCAAAGUCACUAAGUCCACUGGGCCCACGCCCAAGAAAGAAAAGAAGAGGAAGAUGUCUAAAGGUUACCUGGAGCCACCAGUGUGGAAGUACAAGGAGGCAAAAGAGGAGAAGAAGAAAGAAAAGAAACGGCUGGAGAAGGAGAAGGCUGAUAAGGAGAAGACAGACAAAGAUACCAAGAAGAAGGGAAAAAAGUGAACAAACUCCCAUUGGAUAACUAAAAUGCUCAAUCCUGUCAAGCAUAUGAGUUCCCAAAGAGCUGCAGUUAAAAAUGGACAGAUAAGAGCUAAAGGGGAUGACAGCAGCUUCAUGAAAUGCAACUUCAGAUAACUUCUUAUUGCUCUGCCAGAAGCUUGGAUGAAGUUCUCUAAACAGUCUCGAGGCUAUCAAGACAGAUAAACUUUUAAAACACACAAAAGCAGCUUGGAUAUCUUGGUUUCUCAUGGAUAUUUAUUCACAAUAUGUUUAAAUGAUCAAAGUCUCCAACAGCAAGUAGUCUUUUUGUUUUUGAAGUUUUCUAUCAAACACAAGGUAAAACAUGCAUUAGUGUUUUACCUUUUGUUUUCAUUAUCAUGUUCUAUUCUAAGCCUGUACAGAAAGCAGAACAUUCUAUCUACCAAAUCUGUGAAGAAAUGAACACAAAUCCUUUUGGGAUUAAUAAUGCUAAUCUCACCUUUUUAAAGAAGAUAAG